UAUGGAGAGAGAAAACACUGUUUACCUCUUUCCCACUGAACCUUUCUGUCACUUCAAAGCUUAAAACAAACUCUCUCUCCUUUCUAAUGGUCUAAUCAUUCCACUCUCUACCCAUUUUCGAGGGCCAAGUUUGGUGAGUUUCUGUGUGCUCAUUUGUAGCAAUGGAACAAGGAGAAAGCUACCGGAAGAAGGAGCUCAUAGCUUUGGUCAUAAUCCUACUUAUCGCCUCUCUCGCCAUUGCUUCAUUGCUCGUCGCCUUCGGCUACUACUGCUACAUUCGCAAUAAAGUCUCCAAGCGCUUGAAAACCCAGAAAAGGGUUGAAAAUGAGGAUAAAAGUAGCAGUUUUUCGAAAAUUAAAGUUGCUACCGAGAAGGGACUUCAGAUCUUCACCUACAAGCAGCUACAUUCAGCAACUGGUGGUUUUGGAAAGUCUAACGUUAUUGGGCAUGGUGGAUUUGGUUUAGUGUACCGAGGUGUGCUUCAGGAUGGGAAGAAGGUUGCAGUUAAGUUGAUGGAUCGGGCUGGAAAGCAGGGAGAAGAGGAGUUCAAAGUAGAGGUGGUAUUGCUGAGUCGGCUGCAUUCACCUUAUUUGCUGGCAUUAAUUGGCUACAGUUCAGAGAGUAACCGCAAAUUGCUGGUUUAUGAGUUUAUGGCUAAUGGUGGUCUGCAGGAACAUCUGUACCCCAUCAGUGGUUCUAAUGCCAUAUCUUCAAAGUUGGACUGGGAAACCCGAUUAGGAAUAGCUUUGGAUGCAGCAAAAGGUUUGGAAUAUCUCCAUGAACAUGUCAGUCCUCCAGUUAUUCACCGAGAUUUUAAGAGCAGCAACAUCCUUUUGGACAAAAACUUUCAUGCCAAAGUUUCUGACUUUGGACUGGCCAAGCUUGGCUCUGACAGAGCUGGUGGACAUGUUUCCACUCGAGUGUUGGGCACGCAGGGAUAUGUUGCCCCUGAGUAUGCAUUAACUGGGCAUCUGACCACAAAAUCGGAUGUGUAUAGUUAUGGAGUUGUCCUCCUUGAGUUGCUAACUGGCAGAGUUCCGGUUGAUAUGAAGAGAGCUCCUGGGGAGGGUGUUCUUGUAUCUUGGGCCAUGCCUCGGCUUACAGAUAGAGAGAAAGUUGUACAAAUUAUGGAUCCAGCAUUGGAGGGUCAGUACUCAAUGAAGGAGGUUAUUCAGGUGGCAGCUAUUGCUGCAAUGUGUGUACAACCAGAGGCAGAUUACAGACCAUUGAUGGCAGAUGUUGUGCAGUCACUGGUACCACUCGUAAAACAUCACAGGCCAACCUCGAAGGUAGGCAGCUGCUCUAGUUUCCAUGUUAAUCAGUCUCCUAAGGCGUAGGACUAUGAUUAAGCAAGUGAAACUAAUUGGAGACAUAUUUAAAACUAUUGUGAGCUCUGCAAUCUCUCUUAGGUUUAACGAAUGCUUCUUGUUGUUUAGAGCUUUUUGUGGUCUUUGGUAAUCUCUAGGGAGAAAAGGCCAGAUCGUUGUAGUAUUAGGCCCUGGGGAAGAAGAGAAUGUAGUCUUAUCUGAAUCCAAAACCUUAUUUAGUGACCUUGGUUUAUGUAUAUGCUAGAAUCCUAAAAACAGCCCAUGCUUAAAAUAUCACUCUAGAAUUAGCUUACUUAGAAGACAUACUUUGAAAAUUUGUUAAGCUUUUGAGAACUUUAAGCGACGCAUGUUUGUCCAGUACCAGAACAAAAAAAAGAUACUUUUUCAAGGUCAUUUCGAGUUGGCAAUAUUGUUGUUCUGUGUUCUGGCUAGUAGCAG